UGCUCCGCCGGGCGCCGUAGAGGAAAGGGGCUCGGGAGGAUUUUGUAAGACGCGGCAGGUAAAAGUCGUUUAAAGUCAUUAUGUCGACCGCCAUGAAUUUCGGAAACAAGUCGUUUAGGCCGCGGCCUCCGGACAAAGGCUCUUUCCCACUGGACCACUUCGGAGAGUGCAAAGCUUUCAAAGAGAACUUCAUGAAAUGCCUGAGAGACAGCAGCUUUGACAACUCCAAAUGCCGCCUCCAGUCCAAAGAAUACCUUCAAUGCCGAAUGGAUAAUCACCUGAUGGCCAGGGAGCCACUGGAGAAACUGGGAUUCAAGGACUUGAUGGAUCAACCACCCAGCCAGGAGAGCAAGGACACCAAACCAUGAACCAGCACACUAAUAACCGCAUUACAGCCACGCAGCGACGCUGUCGGUGUGUACUCAGCAUAGUUUUCAAUCUAUGUUGGAACAGCGGCGUCCUACACAGGUUUGCUCAGAGUUUGAAACUGAGACAAUGGUGUUAAACUUUUUAAUCCGCUUUCAACUUCAAGUGUUUUUGGCCUAGCCAAAAUAUUGGGGAAGAUUUCUGAAAAUGCAGUUAUCUCCUGAGGAUAUUCUCUGUUCCUUUUGUAGUCCUCUGACCUAAAAGGAGCGAUAAAACCCCAAAUCUCAUUUGCAACCAAACCUAAAAAUACUGCAGGUCCCUUCCGUAGGGUUAAAGAGCAACUUUCUUUUACGAGACCAGGCCCAAGCUUGGACAUUUUGUGUCAGAGAUCUUCGGAGUGCCGAGUUCAAACUUCAGGCCCAUUCCUAGAGAAGCCGGUCUGUGUGUGAGGGUAGAGACCACAUCAUUCAGCCUUGCCUUUUGACUACUGUGUGUACAUAAAAUAAAUAUCUAUUGAAUAAUAUAUGAAACUGCUGUUUUUCGGCAUAUCAGUAUUUUUUUAAUUGAACUAUGCCUUGUGUGUAAAGUGUCAAUUUUGUAGGUUGUGUGUGUGUGUGUUUUGUUUCGGUCUUGUACUGAUGAUACAGUAAAGCUUAUUUAGGCAGAUAAAAUCCAUCUGUGAUAUGGAGCACUUUAAUUUUUUUGUGCGUCAGUGGCAUCACAAUUUCAAAGAUGUAGGGGACAGCUAUUAAUCAGUUACAGUUAAAGCAGCUGGCUGUGUCCAUUUGCUUUCUGAAAAUCAGUUUUGGGGAUACAGAAGGGAAAACUGUGUAGACACCCACCGCCAAAAACACAUGUGCACACAUAAACAAUGUGAUAACAAAAUGCAAGGCUGCCCUCUUAACUGUAAUACUCAGUGCUUGCACUCACGUGACAAAAUGAGGACGAGCUCUAGACAUGACUUUAUCCAUUACAUAACACACUAAAUAUGAAACUAGAUGAUCGAUAAUUGAUAAUCUAUUGAAACUUAAGCAGUGUGCAUAUGUGUGCGUGGGCAAACACAUUACAUGUAGCUUAAGAUAUAGACUAGUUUAGUGUUUAAGCUGGUGUUCCCACUGUGGGGUAUUUGUAGCCGUCUAGUGGCUGAAAUGGGUUAUUGCAAAGUAGAAGUUCUUUUUAUUAUUAUUAUUAUUAACUUAUCUCAGAUCUGUGUACGUUUUUGUUCACAUGGAGGAAUAAAAGAUUUUUUUCCCCAAAGCGGGC